CAUUCCAAUUUUUUUACAUUAGCUUAUUUUGCAUAAACAUUUCUCUCUCUCUCUCUCGAUUGUUUAUAAUUAUCAUCAGCCACCAAAUAUGGAAACAUCACCCGCACCCCAAGCAUCAGCUUCAUUGCGUAACAGUCCACCCCCACCAAUGUCCGUUUCUCCAAGUGGCCAAUCAUCAACAUCAUCCAAUAUGAAUUCAUCUGCUAUUGGUGGUCUAGCUCCUCCACCCUCAUCGUCAUCAUCAUCAUCAACUGGUCAAUCAUCAUCAAAUAGUGGUGCAGUAGCUGAACCAUCACCAGGUGGAAAAAAUUCGGUCACUGAAACCGUACGUGGACAAAUAUUUGAAGUUGGACCACGUUAUACUUCGCUUGAAUAUAUUGGUGAAGGUGCUUAUGGCAUGGUUGUAUCUGCCUAUGAUAACAACACUAGAAAAAAGGUGGCUAUCAAAAAGAUUAGUCCAUUCGAACAUCAAACCUAUUGUCAACGUACAUUAAGAGAGAUAAAAAUUUUGACACGUUUUAAACAUGAAAAUAUAAUUGACAUUCGGGAUAUAAUCUGUGCAUCUAGCAUACAACGAAUGAAAGAUGUUUACAUCGUACAAUGUUUAAUGGAAACUGAUUUAUAUAAAUUAUUGAAAACACAACCAUUGAGUAAUGAUCAUGUAUGCUAUUUCCUGUAUCAAAUUCUUCGUGGUCUCAAAUAUAUCCAUUCGGCUAAUGUUUUACAUCGAGACCUUAAGCCAUCGAAUUUGUUGUUGGAUACUACUUGUGACCUGAAAAUCUGCGAUUUCGGUUUAGCUCGUGUUGCCGAUCCAGUUCAGGAUCAUACAGGCUUAUUAACCGAAUAUGUUGCCACACGAUGGUAUCGAGCACCAGAAAUCAUGCUUAAUAGCAAAGGCUAUACCAAGUCAAUCGAUAUUUGGUCAGUUGGUUGCAUACUGGCGGAGAUGAUCUCAAAUCGACCAUUGUUUCCGGGAAAACAUUAUUUGGAUCAAUUGAAUCAUAUCUUGAACAUUUUGGGUUCACCAAGUCAAGAAGAUUUGAAUUGCAUUAUCAAUCCAAAGGCACGACAAUAUUUGCAAACUUUACAACAGAAGCCAAAAAUACCAUGGACUCGUUUAUUUCCGGAUGCCGAUGCCAAUGCAUUGGAUUUAUUGGAUAAAAUGUUGACAUUCAAUCCCAACAAACGAAUCACGGUUGAAGACGCAUUGGCACAUUCAUAUUUCAGUCAAUAUUAUGAUCCCAGCGAUGAACCUGUUGCUGAGGAACCAUUCAAUCUCGAUAUGGAAUAUGAUGAUCUCCCACGAGAGAGGUUGAAAGAAUUGGUUUGGGAAGAGGCAACCAAUUUUCAUCGCCGUCAAUGCACUAUGAUGCAAAGAGAGCAGUGAAUAUGAAUGAAAAAUGACAAUGAUUCAUGAAUAUGACAAGUGAUUCUUAACUAAGCUACCUUUAUAAAUAUUGUAACUUGUCUCCUAUAUUUUGAUAUUACUUGAAAUUGAAAUCUGAAUCACGAAUCAGACAUCAACAAUGAAUUCUGAUUUAUCAUCCAUUCAUCUUCCCUCCGUUUUUUUUGUCCCAUCGAUUGUCAUUUUAAUUAAUUUUUUGAAAUCUCCUGAUGAUUAAAAUCCCAUAUAUAUCCAUA